UUUCUUUACUUGUUACAACUGCUGUGUUGUGGUUGAGCGCUGCAGGAAAACCCCACAUAAAGGGCGGGCACCGAACUGAAUUCAAGUCACUCGCACAGGAGAAUUCUUCCAAGCAGCAUCUCGACAUACUCUUCUCGGCAUAAAAAAAGAGACAGCGCCAUGGGGACGAGGGGGCUCCGGUGCGCGCGGCCUUCAAGCCUGCACAUGGGACUGGUCCUGGUGGUGGUCGCGGCUCUCUCGCUUGCGACGCCUGGGGUGGACGCCCAAGCGAACAGGAGAGCGAGGGAGGUUGGAUCCAGAGUUCCGUUGAGGUUUGCCGGAGGACGUGACGCCUCACUGCCAAGCGUGGCCGCGAUCUCAGGCACCCCCCUGAACCAGCCGAUCGCCCUCAACCGCAACAACCCCAUGGCCGCCGCCGGUCCGCCUGUCGUAUUCGGCCCCAAGAUCCGACGUCGCCCCUGGAGGUUCUGGUUCUGACGCUGUAGGAGGUCCUGCUCGGAAUGACGGCACCUUCGUUUUGGAUAGCUCUUAGCCAUCAACACACAUUUUUCUUCUUUACUUCUCUGUUGUAUUUAGAUUAGAUUGAUUUUAUGUACAAUAGAUGAUGCAUAAAAAAAAAUUGAAUGGUUGAAA